AUCUCUGAAACAAAAGCAUCUCCAUUCCAUUUCAAGACCCACCAUUCUCUGCUCCUCUCUGCAACAAUAAAACUGAAAAGACAGAGAGAGAGAUUCUCACUCUUUCUUCAUCAGGGUUUCAGACAGAGACCCACCACAAUCGGAGUCAAAGAAACAGUUUUUUUUGUUUGUUUCUUUUAUAAUCCGAGGAAUUGGAAAGAAAUGUAUGUGGGAAGUGGUGAUUGCUUCGAUCCCACGGUGCCGGAGCAGGAAGACAUCUUCCCUCAGAACUUCCGGCUGGAGGAAACGGAGGUAGAAGAAGAAGUCUCUGCGGCGGCGGCGGCCGCCAUUGAAAUGGAGUUUCAGCAGCAGCUCAAUCUGGAAAUGGAACAGUGCUACAACAACAACAACAACGGGGAAGAUUGCGGUGAUAAUAGCCAUAGCCACCAUCACAAUCUUUCCCAGUUUAUCCAGAAACAGCCGGACGGGAUGAUUUUCAACACUAAUCAAGGGAUUUCGAAUUGGGAUGAGAUGGUGUUCUCGGAAAUGCAGAAUUCCGGCAAUCCGCCGCCGGCGGAUCUGCUGGGCAACAUAUUCCCCCCUAUGCCGAGGUCCUCCCCGCACCUCCUCCAAAACCCAUCAUUCUCCUCCAAUUUCUUGACCUCGUUAGGCCUGUUCGGCGACCACCUCCUCCCGUCAUCGGAAAACGGCGACCCGACCCUGUUGCCUCUGAAUCUGCCACCACAGCCUCCCCUGCUGAGAGACCUGUUCCACUCGCUGCCGCCGCAGGGCGCCGGCGGGUGUUCUCUGUUCGGGGAGGUGGUGGACGAGAGGGGAGAUCUGCAGGUGAACGGAGGAGGGUUCUACCAGGGGAUGGACGGGAGGGAUUUCGAGAAUGGGGUUUUUGAGCUGAGUGGGGAUUUGAAUGGGUUGGGGAAGAACAGAGAAGGUAAGGGCACCAAACAUUUUGCCACUGAGAGACAAAGGAGAGUCCAUUUGAAUGACAAGUAUGAAGCUUUGAAGAGAUUGGUCCCCAACCCAACCAAGAAUGACAGAGCAUCAGUGGUGCAUGAUGCCAUAGAAUACAUAAAUGAGCUGAAGAGGACAGUUGGGGAGCUGAAGAUUCUGGUGGAGAAGAAGAGGUGCAUGAGGGAGAGGAUGAAGAGGCAGAGAACAGAUGACACCAGUCACAACAAUGGCGGCGGUGGCGGCGGCGGUGUGAAGGAGGAGGAGGAUAUGAAGGACCAUUGCAAUUCAUCAUACAAUGGGAGUGGGUUGAGGAGUUCUUGGCUGCAGAGGAAGUCGAAGAACACGGAGGUGGACGUUCGGAUCAUCGACGACGAGGUGACAGUGAAGCUUGUGCAGCAGAAGAGAAUCAACUGUCUUCUCUUUGUCUCCAAGGCUCUUGAUGAGCUUCAGCUUGAUCUCCACCAUGUUGCUGGUGGCCUCAUUGGUGAUUACUAUAGCUUCCUCUUCAACUCCAAGAUUUGUGAAGGUUCAACAGUGUAUGCAAGUGCCAUUGCCAAUAAGCUUAUUGAGGUUGUGGACAAGCAUUAUGCAGCCACUGCACCAACUAGCAGCUACUGAUUAUUAUCUGGUUAAUUGUUGGAGGAUGCAUGAAUGGCCCUUAAUUUGAUGUGCUAAUAACCCUUAAUUAGCUCCAUCAGAGAAAGAUUGAAUCAUGACUUUCUUGAACCCUUAGAAUAAUAACCCAUUGACUCGUCAUCAGCCCAAAGUCAUAGUUAAGGAUGUUUAAUUAGAUGAACACAAGAAUUGUGGGGACUUAGAAUAAUGUUAACAUAAUUGC